UCUGGCAACGCGCACAGGAAUUUGCGCGAAAGUGGGAUUUACUCAAGGGAUUUACUGGAUUUUCGUAGGGAGUUUGCCGUAGGAUUUUGAGAUGGAAUCAGAAAAAUCAGCUCCCAACAAUGCCGAAAAAGGCGAGAAAUUGACCCAGUUUCCCCUCGCUCGAGUCAAGAACAUAAUGAAGUUGGACCCAGACGUUACCUUGGCGAGCCAGGAAGCUGUUUUUCUCGUCGCAAAAGCCACGGAAUUGUUCGUGGCUACGUUGGCCAAGGAGGCCUACACGUUCACCAGGCACAGCAAAAAGAAGACCAUGCAAAAGAAAGAUAUUGAGGCGUCGGUGGAUGCUGUUGAUGCGUUCGCAUUCCUUGAAGGUACGCUGGACUGACGUUUGUGAUCUGCGAAUGUGCUUUUAGAGUGUAAAUAAACCAGAAGAAAUGUUUAUAAACAAAUAACAUGGUCUUUUUUUUUCUUUUUUUUUUCCCUUAAAUUUUUGUUGACAAGUUUUUGAGCGCGCGAACCGCCAUUGCGGGUCGGACAAAACUUGUACAUUGGAGAAAAGAAGAAACUACCUUUUUGUAUAUCCUGGGUGUUUUUAUUUUACGUAAAAGAACAUUUAAUAUUCGCUUAAAAAUGUUUCCGUUGCGAAAUAAAAACAUCAGCAAACUGAAGCUGAACCGAAA